CGUGGUUUUGUGUUCCGUUUUUUCGUGAAAGUUUUCUUUCAGUUCCGAUCCCGGUUGCGGAUUCCUACUGGGUGGUCAAUCGAGAAAAAACGGUUUCGCGUGUGUGUUUUCCAUUUCGGAUCUUUAAUCGGGAGAUUUUUUAGUUGAUCCUUUGCUUUUGUGAUAGAUUACGGAAGCCUAGAAAAGUGAAACGAUGAAAAUCUGGACGUCCGAGCAUGUAUUCAACCAUCCAUGGGAAACUGUGGCACAGGCUGCCUGGCGCAAGUACCCGAACCCAAUCAACACAGCAGUUAUCGGAACCGACGUAGUCGAGCGGCGUGUCGUCGAUGGUGUCCUGCACACCCAUCGGCUGGUCAGCACCAAGUGGUAUUUCCCGCAGUGGGCUCAAAAGCUUAUUGGUUCGCCCAAUGUAUGCUACGCUAGUGAAAAGUCCACCGUGGAUCCCAGCAAACGACUGAUGACACUCAAGACGAUCAAUCUCACCUUCGGCAGUUUUCUUUCGGUGUACGAAACGCUCAGCUACGUACCACAUCCGUCGGAUCCGGAAAAGACGCUGCUCCGGCAGGAAGCGACCGUACAGGUCGAGGGCGUUCCACUGAACCGGUACAUGGAGGAUGUACUGACGAAAAACAUCAGUACCAACGCGGGAAAGGGUCGGCAGGGUCUCGAGUGGGUGAUAGGAAAACUGAACUUAGAGAUGAAAGAUUUAGCCACCUCGGCAGCUAGUAGUACGAACGAAAUCCUCACCCACACCAAGAAAUCGCUGGACGAUAUUACCGAUCAGGCACGGAAGAGUAUGGACGAGCUCAGUGCGACAGCGCAGAAGAUUCACAUAUAGUAACAAACGCUGCACGGCAUCGCCCAACACUACUGCUAACACCGCCGGGGCAGCCGCCUCCUCUGCGGCUGGCUCCGCUAAAAGCAGCAGUUCUGCUGCUGCUUCUUCCUCCCCCCGAUCGACAGCAGAUACUACCAGUACCAGCAGCAACGCCAGCUCACGAUCUAAAGCUACCACAGUCAAGCAAUUCAGCUCAGCGACAUCUACUGAAAACAGCACAGCAAGAAAAGCAGCCCCUUCUUCGUCAUCAUCAUCGCCAUCAUCACCAUCACCGUCAUCAUCCCAUUCAUCACCCUCCCCAACUAGUAGAGCCAGUACAAUCCCGCCAACCGCUUCGACGUCCUGAUUGUAGGCCAAAUCGAUUGAUUGAUUGAUGGUGCAUAUUCCCCUCUCUAAUUCGAUCCUCCGCGAAUGUGCUCUCGGCACAUUUUGGCUAUACAGUUUCUCGCUUCACUCACAUCUCACAAAAACCGUGCGUAGAAGAAAGAAAUUGUUUUGCAUGCAGAGCGCACCACCCUAGGCAAAACUAAAAUUGUGUUCCUAUUUAUUACACUACGUUUAAAUCCGUUGUACAAAUGAGUCUACUAAUGAUAAUAGAAUAAUUGCUAUAAAGCGUGUUAAAUUAUCUCUUAUCACACUGCAGCAGCACAAAAUUUGGAUGAAAUUCGAUUUUUGUUUCGGCCCAACAAACAACCCGUACAUGUUUUUGUGAAUCAACCAGCGAGUCCUUUUGUGAUCUUCAAUAGAGUUUAACGAAAGCCUGCGAAUUGUCUCAGUGGCGAAUUAAUAAUAUAUAUGCUUUGUUUUAAGUAGGAUAUCCGCGUUUAGAGUCAGUUUGAAAAUCCCGGCAAGAAAGGUGAUACCAAUUUUAGUGCUAGAGUAAGCGAGUGGAGUCCGGCAGUGCUGUAGGGUGUAAAUAGGCCUCUAAUUUAACGGUUCGAACUAAGUUGACGUGACAAUUUAGCAUUAAAGAAAACCGCGCUGUUUUAGUAUUAUGAAAAUGAAAAAUUGCAAAAAAGCUAAAAAGUUUUCCAAUUUAGUUUUUAUCCGUUCAGUCUCAUCAUCUUUGGGAAUAGCAAAAAAAUUUCCGACGAAUCUGCAGCUUUACCGCUGCAGCAGUAAGGGCAAAACCGCAUAAAAGUAGCGCAAAUAUCUUUUGAAUGAAAAAAUAUGAUAUCUUAGUAUUAACACAUUCCUGUUGUGAAAAGGAUCAAUCACUGCAGUGAAAGAGGGGUAGGUAUUUUUUCCGUUCGAUUUCGCUAUAAAAUUUUGGGGCGUACAUACGUUUUUCGGCAGACGGAAAGAAUGAAUGCGCGUGAGGUGAACAAUAUUGAUUAAGGAUUAGCAAUUUGCAGUAGAUUAUUGAUACCAUCACCAUGAGAAUACAUACAUAAAUAUAUAACUAUGACAUACACAUUUUUUCAACCGAUAACAUAUGAAUUGUUGUAAUGUUUCAGAAGAUGAGAGUUUAAUUAAAUGCAGCCGUGAUAGCUAAAGUUUCAA